AUGAAUAUCGAAAAUGUUUACUUAAUUCCUCAUUCAUCGAAACCUGUCAACGAAUAUUUCAAUCCCAAAUUAUUAGCAGGUCUAUAUCCAACUUUAUUUUGUUAUGGAUGUGGAGCACCUGAAGAUCAAUCGCGUCCAGUUGAAGUAAAAUUAAAAGAACAUAUACGUUAUCUAUUAUCUUACAACGAUCGUCGUUUUGAAACAAACCACAGUUUUAUAUUUGUGGUCUUCAAUCUAUUGCAACGACGUGAUGCCUGCUUUCAUGCUCAACUGAUAGCAACAAAACCUUACUUUCAAACAUCUGCUGAUGAAAUUCAAUCUUUGAAUAGUAAAGACAUUGAAAUGGCUCUUGACAACAAUUUCAAAAGAACAUAUAGUGCAGAAUCAAAUAGUACAUUAAACAAACUUCUGCAACAUAUUAAAACUAUUGGAGGCCGAGUUAUGGGUUCAGCAUAUUCACGAACAGCUUUACGUACUCAAAUUCAUGCACUUAUAUAUAAUUAA